AGCACCCAUAUCGCGGUAUCGGGUCCUGCGGCUGGUUCUCCCGGGUCAGGGCGAUACAACGCCUCCCGGGUUGAUCGUUGAUAGGUUCCUGUUUCUUCAUUCCCAGCCAGCCAUUGGUGGAAAAAUGAGUGCGGAUAGGCGGGAGUUUCGGAAUCCGUUCGAUGACUUUGAUAUUUCUUUAAAAGAUUGCCCAUUGGUAAAAGAUGGAACUUCAUGGCGGCUGGCUCCUGCAUUCAAAACUCACUUGGAGUCUUGGAUUCAAGACUUGCUGGGCAGACUGGAGGCAGACAUGGAGCGUGAUGCCGACUGGGAUGACAGCAGUGUUUACACAGGAACAGCUGGACUGAUUUUGUUGUUCAUGCACCUGAACUCAGUCACUAGUGACACUAAGUACCUCCAGAGGGCGGCCGAGCUGGAGCCGCGCCUGCCAUCGCUGCGCCCCAGCCACCGUCGGCCCACGCUGCUGUGUGGGGACGCCGGGGUCGUGGCUGUCACGGCCGCCGUCCAUCAGGCGGAGCGGCGCACUGAGGAGGCGCGCCGCCGACUGGCAACUGUGAUGAAAUUGGCAUUUGCGGUGGAAGAGUCAUCAUCGCUGCCGGAUGAGCUGCUGUAUGGACGAGCUGGCUACCUGGCCACCCUCCUCUAUAUCCGUCGCACGUUCGGAAACGACGUGCCGAAUCUAGAAGAGGCAAUGCAAAAGACGGUGUCCGCCAUCGUGUCCAGCGGUGCCCGGCUGGCGGCGCGCGAACGGUCGCCGUGCCCGCUGAUGUACGCCUGGCACGACAAACACUACCUGGGCGCCGCGCACGGCCUCUGCGGCAUCCUGUCGCUGCUGCUGCAGGUGCCGCAGCUGGUGGCGCCACCUGCGCUGGCCGACCUGGUCCUACCGACAGUGGACUACUUGGCUGGGCUUCGGCUGCCCUCCGGCAACUACCCGUCCUCGCUCGAGAGCCGCACCUCCGACCGGCUCGUACACUGGUGCCACGGCGCGCCUGGCUUCUGCCACAUGUUCUGCCUGGCGUACCAGACGUUCGGCGACGAGCGGUACCUGCAGCUGGCCCGCCAGAGCGCCGAUCUGGUGUGGGCGCGCGGGCUCCUCCGCAAGGGCUACGGCCUCUGUCACGGCACGGCCGGCAACGCCUAUACGUUCCUGCACCUGCACCAGCUGACCCAGGAUCCGCGCGACCUGUACCGGGCGUGCCGUUUCGCCGAGUGGUGCUCCGAGUACGGCCGCCACGGCUGCCGCACCCCGGACCGGCCCGUCUCGCUCUUUGAAGGCAUAGCCGGCACGGUGUAUUUUCUGGCCGACCUGCUGCACCCAGAGAAGGCCCGCUUCCCCGGCCUGUGCUUCUGAGGGGGCGGCGACGACUGCGGCUGCGGCGGCGGCUGCGGCUGCGGCUGCCCGGCGCUCCUGUCUCGGUCAGGAGCUGCGCCUCCAGACUGUGUGGAGAAACUGACCAGCGGAUGUGGUGGUCGGCUCCGUCCUCGCUUCGCGCGUCUGCGAGUCGCCGCGUGCUGGCUCUCCCCUCGCGGUAUCAGCUCCGGUGCAGGCUGUAUGGUCUUCGAGUCUGUUCAGGAAGUAGCUGCAGAUAGCGCUGUCGGAUGUAUGGCAGUGGUCAGUUUUGAAGCCACAGCCUGUGUUUCUUCCAAGGCUUCCACGACUGUUAAGUAAUCUUGUUAAAUCGGUGGUCAUUUUCAGACCCGCCUCGCUUGAACCCGACCUACACACAGUGGCGAUUCUUUACAUCAAUGUAGCAGUUUCAAAGCCACGCGUAGUCACGGACACAUGAUUCCAGUCAAAAAUUUGCAAUGUGCUCGUCCAUGUUUCUGUGCUCUGUGAUUUAUGGCUACUAUCUCCGGUGCUCCGUCUCGCGUGCGUAUCUCCUCCGUCUCGUGUUCGUGCGCAAUCUCAAGAUACGAGUCGUCUACGCCUGCUAGAAAAGUUCGAUAGCUUAUCGAGCAGCAGUCUUCCCGCCCCUCUGGACGAAACGGAACAAGCAUGUUACACCCCUCGUGGUCUGAAUCGAGCCGAACCUCUGGGCUCCUGAGCCAGACGUGGAGAACGCCCGCCCGCGGCACGCUUCAGACGCCAGCGUGCAGUGCAUAAUCGCGAGAUACUAGCAUAUCCCUCCUGUGGUCACUCUGGUGACGCUAAAGGGACGGAUCGUAUGAUUUCAGGUCGAAUAGCCCGGCAUCCAGGAUGUGGUGCGGGCUCAGUCCGCUCAGACCAUUGGCGUCGUUCAGCGCCUGGUUUGAACGUGGCAAUGCCCAUGCUGUUCAAAGCCGGAGCAUGGCUUCUGCCUGUCGGGUCAAAACAUUACAUCUGCAGUCGGCCGCUCUUUUGUGAGUUCUUCCAAAUGUCUAAUUGCUCUUCGACGUAAGUUGCCGUCGACUGGCGCCAAAGCAACGAGCUGUUUUUGCUCGCCUCUGAUUUUAUCUGCACCAUUCGCAUCGUUCCGCACAGCCACGUUUAUCGGCGUUGGUGGCUUGUCGCCUGCGUUUGCAGCCACUGAAAUCCGGGGAGAUGACGUUCACUCCCCGCUGACGCGCGCAUGCCGCGAGUGUCCACUAUGGCGGCCAGGGACUGUUGCGCAGCUUUAUUAACCUGCCUCAUUCACUCUGUUCUCGCGCAUCGGAUCAGCUGUCGGGACGCACAGACGUGAGCUGUCACCUCCCACCUGGUGACGCCGCCCGACUGUUGACCCCGUCCGCCGCUGGCGCGCUGUUCCGUUCGUUUGUUGGCAUGCCCGGCCCGGUCAGUUUGUGUAGCGGCAGUGUGUGUGCCGUGUUCCCCGCGCCGCCCGCUGGGGUCGGGCCGCCGUCGUGCGGACCUGCGCGGUGGGGCUGAAGUGCUGUUUUGGUGCGUCCCUGCCAAUACAC